AUGAUUCUGGCGCCGCUGGUGGCGUUUUUCGGGUGCAACAGCAUCUUCAGCAACUCGUUGGUGUCCGGCGGUGUUGCGGCGGUCGUGGCGAACGUGGUGCUCAUUGGGUACGUGUACGUGGCGUUCAACGAGGAGAUAGACACGGAGGGGGAGAAGAGCAGGAAGGGCGAGUGA